AUGACGGGUUGUGACCAUGGACUCUCCGCUCUGCCACCGGUUGGUACCCUCACAUCAAACGAUGGGCACGAGGGAGCCACCAGGGGCUUCAAGCUCUUGAUCGAAGCGAAGAAGUUCGAUGAUGGCUCUGGCUCAGAUUCUGAAAGUAGCAGUGGAGCCAGCGCGAAAUCCGGCAGUAGCCUGCUGUCACGAAGAUCUCAGUCAAGCAUGUACAAGUCUGGGUUGAGCAUCUCGAAAGACACCAUGGGAGAUUCUCGCAGUUAUCGAGAGUUGCUGGAAAGCAAGGGCUACAAGAUCACAGGUGUCAUCGGCCGCGGCCAGAACAGUGGCUUCCUGGUCCAUUCCGCUGUCCGAGAAUCACAGGAAUACGCAGUGAAGGUCUCCAUUGAGACGGGCCAGGAAGGCACCAAUGGGGACGCCAUCCGCAAAGAGUACCAAGUUUUGAGUCGACUUCAGCACGAGAGAAUUGUGAAGGUGUAUGGUCUCGAAGAUGAGCUUGACGAAGGUGUCAAAGGCGUUGCGAUGAUCCUGGAGUUGUGUCGUGGUAGCACACUGAACCGGUGGCUGCCAUGGUACGACAAAGGCACCAUUGUUCUGGACGUGGCCUGCCGACGGCAGUGUUUGACACAGAUCGCUUCUGCAAUUGCUUACCUGCAUUCAGUCGGGAUCGCCCACCGCGACCUCCAUUCAAAGAAUGUGGUCGUGCAUGCCGUCAAGACAAGCGGCAGAUAUGAGAGCGAGUCAGUGCAGGUGAAGGUCAUUGACCUAGGCUGCGCCCGAAGCAUUGACAGCGAGGAGGCCAUGGAAGCUGACAUUAACGUGAACAUUCUUCCCGUCGGAGCGACGCGGCCUUGCGAUGUCUUCGCAUUGGGCUUGCUGGGUGCUUCCCUGGUUGCCGGCAAGGAGGUGUCCAGCUGGACGGUGGUUCCGACCGGAGCACCUCCAGAAGACGCUGCCCGAAAGCUUCGUCUGCCGCCUUCCGGGCGGAAGGACACUGAGAUGACGGCUUCCUUCAGAGACUUCCUGCUCGCUUUGCUCGAUACAGAUCACAGCCAUCGGCUCACGGCUUCUGAAGCAAUGUACAGGAUACCCAAGGAGUCUGAAUGGCUUGAGAUCACUGCCAAAAAGAUUUCGCUGUGA